UACAAUCUCCCUCACUCCCUCUCCAUUUUCCCCCUCGUUCAAAAUCUCUCCCAGUCUCUCGCUCGCUCUCGCUCUCUCCCUCUCUCUCGCUGUGCCCGCUGCAAAGUGGUCGGCGUUGCGUUGCCUUGCCCUAGAUCGGGAGGACGGUAGGUCGCGUGUUUCUCGCUUUCUCUCCGAUCUUCGGCUAGAUGGAAGCCUCUCCGGAAACCCUAGAAACCCUCACCCGGUGCUUCCUCCAAACCCUGUCGCCGGACCGCCAGCCCCGGCGGCAGGCGGAGGAGUACCUCGCCUCGGCGGCUGAAAGGCCCGGGUAUGCUCUCGCGGUCCUCCGCCUCCUAUCCGACGCCUCCGCUCCUGACCAGGCCCGUCUCGCGGCGUCCGUCGCCUUCAAGAACCACCUUCGCUCCCGCUGGUCGCCGACUCCUGACUCCGCAAUUUCCGCCGUCGCCGAUGCCGAGAAGGAGCAGAUCAAGACCCUGAUCGUCCGCAUCAUGCUAUCGUCUCAGCACCCGAUCCAGGGCCAGCUGAGCGAGUCGCUCGCCGUCAUCGGCAAGUCCGACUUCCCGAAGGCGUGGCCGAGCCUUCUUCCUGAGCUCGUGGCCAGCCUCCGCUCGGCUGCUGCCGCCUCGGACUACUCGGCCGUCAACGGCGUCCUGGCCACCGCGAACUCAAUCUUUAAGAAGUUCCGGUUCCAGUACAAGACAAAUGACCUCCUCCUUGACCUCAAGUACUGUAUCGACGGGUUUGCCGCGCCGCUUCUCGAACUCUUCCUCCAGACUGGACGCCUAAUUGACGCCGUGGUUGCAGGGGGCGGCGGCGGAGACGCCGUUCUCUUCCGCCGGUGGUUCGAGAGCCAGCGUCUCUGUUGCCGCAUAUUCUUCUCCCUUAACUUCCAGGAGCUUCCGGAAUUCUUUGAGGAUCACAUGAAGGAAUGGAUGGGAGAAUUCCAGAAGUACCUUACCACGGCCUAUCCCCUCCUCGACAAUGACGAGUCUGGCGGCGGCCGCGAGGUUGCGGACGAGCUCCGGGCGGCCGUCUGUGAGAACAUCAACCUUUACAUGGAGAAGAAUGAAGAGGAAUUCCGCCCGUUUCUCUCGGGUUUUGCUUCUGCGGUGUGGAGUUUGUUGGUCUCCGUCUCGGCGAAGCCCAAUCGGGACAGGCUUACAGUUACCGCUAUUAAGUUCUUGACCACCAUUAGCACCAGUGUUGAUCAUUCUUUGUUUGCAAGCCCCGAUACGCUUCGGCUGAUAUGUGAAAGCAUUGUGAUCCCCAAUGUCCGGGUUCGUGAGGACGAUGAGGAGUUGUUCGAGAUGAAUUACGUUGAAUACAUAAGGAGAGACAUUGAGGGGAGCGAUAUGGACACAAGGAGGAGGAUAGCGUGCGAGCUUGUAAAGGGGUUGGUGACGAACUACCGUGAGCAGGUAAGGGUUUUGGUGUCUGCUGAGGUGCAGAGUAUGAUGGAGAAGUAUGCUGCAAACCCGGCGGAGAACUGGAAAGAUAAAGACUGUGCUAUAUUCUUGGUGGUCUCACUCGCCAGCAACGAUCUGGUGGACGUGGAGAGCUUCUUUAAGGCGGUAAUCGAUCCUGAGCUGAAGUGCGGAGACGUGAACUCGCAGCCGAUGCUGAAAGCUGAUGCAUUGAAGUUCUUCACUACGUUCCGCAGCAGGAUACCGAAAAGUCUGGCGCUCGAGCUCGUUCCCCACGUGGUUAGGUUUUUGACUGCUGAAUCCAAUGUGGUUCACUCAUAUGCGGCCAAUUGUAUAGAGAAGCUUUUGCUUGUCAAAGAUGACGGAAGGCCACGAUACACUGCUUCUGACAUAUCCCCUUUCUUGAUUCCCUUGAUGACUAACCUGUAUCACGUGUUUGAAUUGCCAGAAUCUGAGGAGAAUCAGUAUGCCAUGAAAUGCAUUAUGCGUGUUUUUGGAGUUGCAGAGUUCAAUGCAGACGUUGCUGCAGCCUGCAUUGCCGGGCUGAAGACUAGACUCAAUGAGGUCUGCAAGAAUCCGAAGAACCCAGUCUUUAACCAUUACCUCUUUGAAUCGGUGGCCGCAUUGGUGAGGCGAACCUGCGAGAAGGAUCCUUCGCUGAUAAAGACUUUAGAAGCAAGCCUGUUCGAUAUUCUUCAGAAGAUAUUGGUUGAAGACAUUGCCGAAUUUCUGCCUUAUGCACUUCAAAUUUUUGCUCAGAUGAUAGACAUUAACAGGCCACCUCUACCAGGAACUUAUAUGCAGCUUUUUGGCCCUCUUCUUUCUCCAGAAUUGUGGGUAAGACAGGCGAACGUUCCUGCACUGGUGAGGCUGCUGCAGGCGUACCUUCAAAAGGCUCCCAUGGAGUUGAAACAGCGGCUAAGUGAGGUUCUUGGUAUAUUCCAGAAGCUUAUCGAUUCUGGUCGCACGGAGGAGUAUGGUUUUUAUAUUGUCAAUACGGUGAUAGAAAACUUAAGCUACGAUGUCAUAUCUCCGUAUGUGCUUCACAUUUGGAAUGCCUUGUUUACGCGCUUGCAUAAGCAGAGGACCAUAAAAUUCAUAAAGUCCCUGGUCAUAUUCAUGUCCCUCUUCCUGGUGAAACAUGGGCACGCGCCUCUAGUCAACACCAUAAAUGCAGUUCAGGAGAACAUUUUUGGAGUGAUUUUAGAACAGUUUUGGAUUCCGAAUCUGAAAUUAAUCACAGGUUCUAUAGAGGUUAAACUAUGCCUGGUUGCAUCAACUAGACUAUUGUGUGAAUCUCCUAGUCUGUUGCAGGAUUCACCACCUAUCCUGGUUUUGUGGGGCAAAAUGCUUGAUAGCAUUGUUACAUUGCUGUCACGACCAGAGCAAGAAAGAGUGGAAGAUGAGCCAGAAGUUCCAGAUAUAGGCGAAGCUGUUGGCUAUACUGCCUCUUUUGUAAAUCUUUAUAACGCUGGAAAGAAAGAAGAGGACCUUGUAAAGGACGUUAAGGAUCCAAAGGAAUAUGUAAUAACAAGUUUGGCAAGGCUUUCAGCUCUUUCACCAGGAAAGUAUCCAGCAAUUAUUCAAGGGUCACUGGAUUCAGCCAAUCAGGCCGCACUACUCCAGCUCUGCGGCAUGUAUAACUGCUCCAUUGUCUAGGUCACUGUGUGGUGUAAUGUGUUUUGUCAGAUUGAGAAUUUGAAGACGAAAGAUUCCUCUUAGAAAUGCAUAAUGUGAGUGUCUUAGUUGCUGGUUGGUCUGGAAUCUGGUAUUGGAGCGCCACUAGCUGGACUGCUUUGAAUCUCCUAUGUUUCGUCUGAUGGUCUAUUAUAUGUAGCACAUCUUUUAAGUGCCUGGAGUUGAGGUGACGUUAUCCAUCAAGUAGUCCCAGUCCACUUGGGAACAAGUUGUGUAUUGUCAGGCGGGUGCAUAUUUCAGCCCAGAACAGUUGGACUGUCAUAGUGUUUGUUGAGCCUGCUUGAGUGAGUCACAAAUUUUUUGUUGUUGAAGGAGUUGUAAAUGGUCUUUUAUUUAUUAAGAUGUAUUUUCACUGCAUAAUUUUCGGCUCAGUUUUGGGUAUAUCAUAGAGUCUGGCCUUAAGUUGAUGGAAGUUGGUAUCACUGUUUUUUUUGCUGAUUAUGGUUAUAACAUUUUAUGGAGGUGACAUUUUUA